AUGGCUGUUUUGGUGGUGAUCUUUGUGUUGGUUGUGGCUUUAUCUGUCUGCUUUGCUCUCUUGAAAUGGAAUGAGAUAAGAUACAGCAGGAGAGGGCUGCCUCCUGGGACGAUGGGGUGGCCACUCUUUGGUGAGACUACUGACUUCAUUAAACAGGGACCUGACUUCAUGAAGAAGCAGAGAGCAAGGUACGGGAGCUUUUUCAAGACCCACAUACUGGGCUGUCCUACCAUUAUUUCCAUGGAUCCAGAGCUCAACAGAUACGUCCUUUUGAAUGAAGGAAAAGGACUUGUUCCUGGAUACCCACAGUCCAUGUUGGAUAUAUUAGGGGAACACAACAUUGCUGCUGUACAGGGAUCGACCCACAAAUAUAUCAGAGGGUCAAUGCUAUCCCUCAUUGCCCCCCCCAUGAUCAAAGAUCAGCUUCUCAGAAAGAUUGAUCAGGGCAUGAGAUUCCACCUCAGCAACUGGGAUGGCAGAACCAUUGAUAUCCAAGAAAAAACCAAUGAGAUGGCACUGUUCAUUCCCUUCAAGUUGAUCAUGGAAACUGAAUCAGCCUCCAUCUAUGAGACCUUCAAAAGGGAGUUUGAUAAGCUGGUGGAAGGAACACUGUCACUGCCCAUCAACAUUCCUGGCACAAGUUACCAUCAUGGGUUCCAGGGAAGGAAGAAUGUUAUUAGAAUGUUGAAAGGAGUUAUGGAGAAGAGAAGAGCUUCUUCAAUGACCCAAGAUGACAUGUUAGGCUACCUUCUUAGGAAUGAAGGAUCAAAGUAUAAUCUCAGUGAUGAGGAGAUACUUGAUCAAGUAAUAACAAUUUUGUAUUCAGGAUAUGAAACUGUCUCAACUACUUCCAUGAUGGCCGUCAAAUAUCUGCUUGAUAAUCCGAGAGCUCUUCAACAACUUAGAGAAGAGCAUUUAGCGAUUCGACAAAGAAAAAAUCCAGAGGAUCCAAUGGACUGGAACGAUUACAAGUCCAUGAACUUUACUCGAGCCGUGAUCUUUGAAACCUCGAGGUUGGCCACAGUCGUGAAUGGGGUGCUGAGGAAGUCAACAAAAGAAAUGGAGUUGAAUGGAUUUGUGAUUCCUAGAGGGUGGAGGAUAUAUGUUUACACAAGGGAGAUCAACUAUGAUCCUUUCCUCUAUCCAGAGCCAUAUACCUUCAAUCCAUGGAGAUGGCUGGACAACAGCUUGGAAUCUCACAAUUACUGCUUCAUAUUUGGAGGUGGAACCAGGCUCUGUCCCGGAAAAGAAUUGGGCAUAGUUCAGAUUUCUACAUUCCUUCACUACUUCCUUACUAGUUAUAGGUGGGAAGAAGUGGGGAGUAACAAGAUUGUGAAAUUCCCAAGAGUAGAGGCACCAAAUGGCCUGCAUAUAAGGGUGUCCAAGUACUAAUAUUUUCCAUCGUAGUAUACAAGCAUGGCUAGCUUAUGGGAAGAUUAUGUAUGGAUCUACCAUGAAUAAAGUUGACCUUCUGUGGAUCAAUGAUUUUAUAUGGUCACUUGGUUAUUCUCCAUGGUGAUUAUGUAUUAAGUUUACUAAA